GCAUCUCCCCCAGUUGCCCAGUGGGACAGUUGGGUCUCAGCACCUCAAGCGGCUCCAUCAGAACCACGAAACAACCAAACAGUCAACCAGCCAUGAGCAAGUCCUACUCCUCCUCCGCCCAGUCGGCCUCCUCGUACCGCCGCACCUUCGGCUCUGGUGUCGGCUCAUCCCCGAUGUCCUCCCUCUACUCCUCUCUUGGAGGCGGCCGCAGCUCCUCUUCAAGCCACAUGUCCUCCAGAGUCUAUGAGGUCAAGAGCAGCGGCAUGCCCUCCUUUUCCAGCCACCGGGUGUCCUCUGGUGCUGGGGGACUAGGGUUUGGCUCCUCUACAGCCAUGCGCACCUAUUCCGGAGAGAAACUCGACUUCAAUUUGGCCGACGCCAUGAACCAGGACUUCCUCAACACAAGGACCAACGAGAAGGCCGAGCUCCAGCACCUCAACGACCGCUUCGCCAGCUACAUCGAGAAGGUGCGUUUCCUGGAGCAGCAGAACGCAGCACUGACGGUGGAGAUUGAGAAGCUGAGGGGCCGCGAGGGGCCCGGGCGCGUGGCUGAGAUGUAUGAGGAGGAAAUGAGGGAGCUGAGGAGGCAAAUAGAGGGAAUCUCCAACCAGCGCGCCCGCGUCGAGGUGGAGAGAGACAAUCUGGCUGAUGACCUGCAGAAACUCAAGCUCAGACUGCAGGAAGAGAUUCACCAGAAGGAAGAGGCUGAGAACAACCUUUCUGCCUUCAGAGCCGAUGUAGACAAUGCCACUCUGGCCAGGCUGGACCUGGAGAGGCGCAUUGAGAGUCUGCAAGAAGAGAUUGCCUUCCUCAAGAAGAUCCAUGAAGAGGAGAUCCGCGAGCUGCAGAGCCAGAUGCAGGACACUCAGGUGCAGAUCCAGAUGGACAUGUCUAAACCCGACCUGACUGCUGCUCUGAGGGACAUCCGCGUGCAGUACGAGGGCAUCGCCGCCAAGAACAUCGCAGAGGCUGAGGACUGGUACAAGUCUAAGGUGUCUGAUCUGAACCAGGCUGUGAAUAAGAACAACGAUGCACUGCGUCAGGCCAAGCAGGAGAGCAUGGAGUACAGGCACCAGAUCCAGUCCUACACCUGUGAGAUCGACUCACUCAAGGGCACCAACGAGUCUCUGCUGCGCCAGAUGAGAGACAUGGAGGACCGCAUGUCCCGCGAGGCCUCUGGCUUCCAGGAUACUAUUGCACGGCUGGAGGAAGACAUUGCUAAGAUGAAGGACGAUAUGGCUCGUCACCUGAGGGAGUACCAGGACCUCCUCAACGUGAAGAUGGCCCUCGACAUUGAAAUCGCCACCUACCGCAAGCUGCUGGAGGGAGAGGAGAGCAGGAUCACCACCACUGCCCCCAUCCAGUCUGCUUUCUCCUCUAUUGGAUUCAGAGAGACCAGUCCUGAGUCCCAGCAUCAGCGCUCCUCAGAGGUUCACUCCAAGAAGACUGUUCUCAUCAAGACCAUCGAGACCCGCGAUGGAGAGGUUGUCAGCGAGUCCACACAGCACCAGCAAGACAUCAUGUAAACCAGAAGAGGCAACCUUAGAAACACUAUAUAAUAAAUAAAUAAAAAAAAAAAUACAAAAAUCUUCAUAUUCCUACCACUGCUAUGACAAUUUAUAAGCCGAGCCUAU